ACCACUCUAUUGUAAUAAACAACACUACACGUGUGAUUAACAUUAUUUUCUUCAAUUCUUGUACAUUUUUCAUCUAUUUAUUUGUUACAAUGGCUCUUCAAAGAAUUGUGAAAGCUAAAACUCAAAAGGGUAAAAGAAUUCUGGAGCAGAAGGAAAGCAAAAUUUAUGAAAAUGUUAAAACAGCCAUGUUUAUUAAGGGAGGUAACACCAGUCUUGCAGUCACACAAGUGUUGAAAGAACUGCACAUGUUGAAAAAACCUCAUGCAGUGAUGUUUAAAAAGAAAAAUAUAACCAGACCAUUUGAAGACCACACAUCUUUAGAAUUUUUCUCCGAGAGAUGUGAUUCAUCUUUAUUUUUAUUCGGCUGCCAUUCCAAGAAAAGACCAAACAAUUUAAUACUGGGCCGCAUGUUUGACUAUCAUCUUCUUGAUAUGGUGGAACUAGGAAUUGACAGUUUCAAGUCUUUAUUUGCAUUUGAGGGUGUAAAAUGUUCACUGGGAGUGAAACCUUGUUUGAUAUUUUCUGGUGAAGCCUUUGAGAACGACAUAGAAUAUGCUCGUUUGAAAAACAUGUUCAUAGAUUUUUUCCGAGGACCGGUGGUUACAAAUGUUCGGUUAGCUGGAGUUGAACAUGUGAUCAGUAUCACUACAGCAGAUGGGAAAAUCUACAUCAGAAAUUACAGGAUCUUGCUGAAGAAGUCCGGAAGCCGGACCCCGAGGGUGGAGCUGGAAGAGAUGGGUCCGUCUCUGAACCUGGCGGUCCGGCGGGUCCAUUUGGCUAGCGAUGACCUCUACAAGAAAGCCCUCAGAGUGCCCAUCACAGCAAAGCCUAAGAAGAGGAAGAACAUCUCCCGGGACGCGUUUGGCACGAAACUUGGCAGGAUUCACAUGGAGAAACAGGAUCUCGACAAACUGCAGACGCGUAAAUUGAAAGGACUGAAAAAACGAAAAUCAGAACAGCGGGCUAAUGCGUCGAGAGCCAAGAAAACAAAAACCGUAUCAGAGGAGAGCUGAUGACAUUCACUAAACUCUGUGGAUCCAGCUGAUGAGGAAUUUCAUUGCUAAUAUCAGACUGAGCAGUUUUGUGGUACAUCUUGGUGAAAUUUCAUUUUUGGACUUCAUGCCAUUAUCUAAACCCAAAAUAUGGUUAUGCUGCAGAUGUUUGUUUGGGGACUGCCAUGAUAAAAAAAAAAAAAAAACCAGUUGAAAGAUAUUUUCUCAAAGAAUGUGGCUCCGGCUCAAGAUGAAUAUUGGUAUCAUAGCUAGUCGGUUGUGGUGGAAUUUGAUAUUUGGAUGUCCAGGACUUGAUAUCAUAUUCUGUCCUGAUCUGUCCUGAACCUUCCCUUAUUUUAGUUAUACACAACAUGAUAUGUAACGUAAGAUGUAAAUGUGUGCCAUUUACGAACACACAAUGAAAUGAUUUUCACAUCAGAUAAAGAUACGCAUUCAUUUUAAUGUGGUACACACAGCAGUUGAUUAAAUUCAUGUAUAUUUCAUUUUACUGUUAUCUGUUUUAUACUCUUCAUAAGAUUGACAGAAUGUUGAAUGCAUUCAUCUGACAAUGUAAUUUACCUUUUAAAAGCAUUAGGAGAAUUUCACAUUAUUUGUAGUAAGAUUACCAUUUGAUAUUAAAUAAAAUAAAGUUUGUUUUGUGUGACGACC